AUGCCAGAAGUUGCGUACCGCGGAGAUUCGUCAAAAAGAAUCGCGAAGACUAGCAGCGGUGCGAACUUUGCGAUGGGCGAACGGGUUUAUGCGGUCGGGAAUGAGAAUAGUAAGGACCGCCAAGGAAAGAAAAAUAAGUCGGCAACAAAACCCGUAGGCAGAAGCCGCAAUCCGGGCAGUGAAGGUGUAGUUCAACGUAAGGAUGUGGAUUCGUCAAAAGAGUUGCCGAGAGAUAUAGUGAUCGUGUUAUCACAGCUAGCUCAUUCGCAGAGGGGCCCGCCCAGGGGAAAUGCGAGCCCUGCUGCGAGGAACGCUGCAGGGCGCGUGACCUUUCAGGGCGCGUGCCACAAAUGCGGGGGGCUGGGACAUCGGAAGUCCGAGUGCCCAAGCCCAGAGAACUUGAAGUCGACGCGAACAAGUUCGGAGCCGUUGGGGCCUGGAAGCACGAGUCGCAGAGGGGUUUCUGACCAAAGUGCGAGUUGCAAUCGGGGAAAGAACCCAGUGCGCUGCUACAAAUGCCAACAGCUAGGACAUUACGCGAACCGGUGUUCACAAGGAAGUAGAGCGGGGUUAACGUGCCAAGGCUGCGGUAAAGAAAAUAAGACGUUGGAAACAUGUCCGCAAUGUCAGGUGUGGCUCAAAGCUCUGGAAAACUUAAAAGUGGGACCCAGUUGCCUGACGGAUUCCGCGUAG